CACUCGUCUCUUUACGAUCGUCUCGGUUUGGCCAUGUCUGCUACUACAGUCAACAGUUCACAACAAUCCAGCCCGAAUCAUAGUAUGGAUCCUAUAGGUGGAGCACAGGAAGCCCCGCCAUUACAUCAUAGACGCAGUGCUCUUCACACUCUGACCACGGCUAAAUGGAAUUCGACAGGAACUCCACCUCCGAUUUCCUGGUUAUCCCGAAUUUCGACCUCGUUACCCGGGUGUACUCAGGCCGACCUCGGGUUCCAUUUGCACAAUUUGACCUCUGUGAACACGGCUGUCACUGCAGCCGCCAUCAGUUCGGCCACAGAAAGCAUGGGCACGGAUACCAUGGUCAGUACGAUCACGGAGAAAAGUCGACAGUCCCGUCGAACAGAUGUGAAAACAGAUCCGUUGAAUUCGGUCCCAAUACAAGCAUAUCCCGGUUCCGCGACAGACAUAACCGAGUCCGGUUCGACUCCGGCAAAACUCAAAAAAGACAGUACAACAACAGGAUCCAGUAAAAAUGUCUCCAAGUUUGGUUCUAGUGUAACGGCUCAGGAAUUGGAAAACGGUUGCCAACUUUCUCCUUCUUCGCUGAACAACUCAAUCACCCAUCGCCAGUUCUACCGAUCCCACUCUGCUAGACCACGAUUCACCUAUGCAACUCUAAUACGCCAGGCAAUUCUCGAAUCACCCGGAAAACAAUUAUCACUGAGCGCCAUCUACGUUUGGCUGCAGCGGGAAUUUGCUUACUUCAGGCAAAAUGAAGCCACGUGGAAGGCCGUAUUUGCGGUAUUGGGUUUGGAUUAA